UUUUUUUUUUGGCUGAAUGAUUUGAUGAUCCCUUGUAGAUGACGAUGAUCUUGUAUGAGGUUCUUAGGCUAUAUCCUCCAGUGACACAAGUGAGCAGAGCCAUUCACAAAGAGAUGAAGCUAGGAGAUCUGACAUUACCAGGUGGAGUUCAGAUCAAUCUACCUAUCCUGCUAGUUCAACGUGACACCGAGCUGUGGGGCGACGAUGCUGGAGAGUUCAAGCCUGAAAGAUUCAGAGAAGGUCUCUCAAAGGCGACGAAGAGCCAAGUCUCCUUCUUUCCUUUUGCAUGGGGACCAAGGAUCUGCGUCGGUCAGAACUUUGCCCUAUUGGAGGCAAAGAUGGCAAUGGCAUUGAUUCUGCAGAGAUUCUCCUUCGAGUUAUCUCCUUCUUACGUUCAUGCUCCUUACACAGUCAUCACAAUUCACCCACAGUUUGGUGCUCAUCUUAUCCUGCACAAGCUCUAGUCCUUUAACGGAUGCACUCUUUUGUUGUGUCCUUAUCAAAGAAACUUGUAAUACAGAGAUGAAACUGAGUCCAGAUCAUUGUACAAAACUCAAAUAAAUCUUGUUUAAUGUAUUUAAUACAGAACUAGCAUCUCA